GCCAACCAUAACAAGAAAUAUCCAUCUUUCUUUCUCUCUCUCUAGAGAAGACUUUCUCUCUCCAGUUCUUGAUUUUUCCGGUGUACGUCAAGACCGGAUAUUAAAUUUAAAUCUGGUCAAAGAAACAUGGGAAGUAGUUUCUUUGGUAAACCAAACAUGAGAGGAUCUUCGCCGUCUUCAUCAUCUCCAACAUCGUCGUCUUCAUCCCCAGCGACGAGAAGAGGGAAGAAGAAUGGUUCCGAGAAGCCAAAGCAGCCACAGAGAGGUCUUGGGGUUGCACAACUGGAGAAAAUUAGAUUACACGGCGAGAUGAGUUGCAAUAGCUUCGACAAUUAUAAUUCUUCUUUGUAUCCACAGGAGAAUGUGAGGAUGCAAGGAGAAUAUUCAUCCAUACCAUCAUCAUCACCAUCCUUUACAUAUGCAUCACCAUCACCAUCUUAUGGCCUCUCUCCAAAUAUAAUGAUAGGUGUACAUAGAGAUCAAUACGAGAGAGCAACCAUGAGUUGGAACCCAAGCUACGGCAUCUUGGAGAGCCACCAUUCUUUGGAACCAAACACCACCAGACAUUUCUUUAACGAGGAUCCAAGUUUUACAAGGCGAAGUAAAUCGUUGGGAUCAGGAAACCACAACUUGGGAUCGAAUGACAAUGAAGAGUUAGAUUUGGAGUUAAGAUUGUCACUCUAAUCAUUUGUAAUACUUUGAUUUUUCAUGAAAUUGGAAACAAGUCGCGCACUGUGAUUAUGCUUUUCAUAUAUUCUCUGUUGUUAUGCUGAAAAUAAAUCGAAGCAACAACAGCUGAAU